UAGUUGAGCGCGUGCAGCUGCCGCUAGUGGAGCAACUUGGCGCCGCCGCCCACUAGCGUCAGAGUGACAUCCCAAGUUCGCAGCGCAGCUUCAUCCCCCAGCUUGGCCCCAAAAUCAACAAUGUCUGAGCAGGGCGACCUGAGCCCCGAUGCGGACGGCCCCCAUUUCAGCCCCUCGUCCGUGUCCGCCGACUAUCGCCUGUCCCUGCCCCCUUCCAUGGAGACGCAGAUCAGGAAGCUGAAGGUGUCGCUGGAGCCGUGGCGUCAGCUGGUGCUGCUGGCCAAUCAGGUGCUGCUGUGGGAGAACUCCGCCUACCCCACGGCGCUGCUGGCAGGCUCCACGCUGGUUUUCGCGCUGAUUUGGUUCUGCAACGCGGCCUUCGUGACGGUGCUGGCGCUGCUCGGGCUGCUGCUCACGCUGCUCGACUGUCUGAUGCCCGCCAUUCUGGCCGCCCUCUUCAAGCCCGACCAAUGGGGCGGCGACAAGCAGCGCCAGUACGAGGAAACAUGCACCAGCCUGAUCAUGUACAAGACCAAGGCGGAGCUGCUGAGCGCCUCCUUUCUACGGCUGCGCGUCACCAAUCCCAAGAUCUACUUCAGCAUCAGCAUCGUCGCGCUCUGUCUGCUGGUGUGGGUGGGCGGCACCGUGGACAACGUGCUGCUUACCUACCUGCUGACCACCUUCUGCCUGCUGAUGCCGGGCAUGCUGCGCCACGGCAUGCUUACCAAGCUGUCGCAGACGUCAUCGCGCCUCUGCAACCAGCUGGUCGAGCACGCCAAAACGCGCGUCAGCGCCAAGAAGGCCCAGUAGCCCCCCCGCCCGUCCAGGCGGGAAUUUUCGGGAAAUUCCAGUGAUAUCGACAGACUGACCUUUUUCCUUUGCUUAGUUUAGUUGAUUUUUAUUAGUUAAUUGAGGGUUUUGCCGCCGGUAACCUCACAAAGCCGAGCAAGUGACAGCUGUGCUGUCACGGCAAUGACGUUGGACGCAGUCGCCAGCAUGGGGCGAGGCGCCCUGGCGGGCGUGCGCAGCAUGCAGUUGUUCGACGUGCAGCAGCCCGAGGACCUUUACAAGCUGUUCUUCUUCUGCCACCUUUUCUCCUGGCUGGUGCUGAUGUGGAAGCUGCGCAACUAAUCGGAUAAUGUCCCGCUGUCAAUAAAGCGCUUUUUGGUA